CGCAAGACGAGAGGCUAUCCAAAGAUACCGGAAGAACCGAAGGAGAGAUGGCGGCGGUGUCGUUCCGGUGGAUACUGCAACUCCACAGGGACGUUCCGAAGGCGGCUAAGUUCUACUCGCAAGGGCUUGAUUUCACCGUCAACGUCUGCACUCUUCGUUGGGCGGAGCUUCAAUCGGGUCCUCUCAAGCUUGCUCUCAUGCAAUCCCCUAGGUCGCAGCCGUGCGAUGUGUUGAUGGCCAUAUCAUAGGCCUAUAUGAACCUGCGUGAGUCAGUUGUGGAGAUGAGUUCCUUAAGCAAAAUUGAGCAAGGUAUCCCACAAUCAUUGAGGAGAGACAAGAAACCUUCAAUUAUUUAGAGUCUUCUGCAUCUCCUAAAAGUGAUAGAAAAUUUGGAGCGUUGAGGUAGUGAAGCUGCUCUCUUUUGCCUGCUAUUUGCCUUCGUGAUAAAACAUGAAUUCAGUUUUCAACGUUUUUGAUUAUAUGCUUGAUUGAUUGAUUGAUUGAGAAAUAUUUGCUAGAUAAUGUAAGACAUAAAUAAUGAAUUUGCCAUUCAGUGUGGAAACUACUGCAGCACCAUUCUUUGCUAGCCAAUUGAAAUUUAACACCAAAAAGUAAAACGUGGCUCAAGCAGUCAUUUAAAUGCAGAGUUGGUGUAAGGGUCUUAUCGACUAUAUGGGUGCUGAAUAUCGUCCUUGGCUUCCGUGAAUGGUGCUUCUGUCUUGAAUCUGGAUGCCACAUCCUUAGCUUAUCUCUCCUUCAUUUACCUGCUGAACCUGAAGACGGAGAUACAUAUUUGCUAGAAAACAGGUCUUGGUUCAAUCUCCUGAACUGAAACCUGGGAUCUUGAUGCAGUCUCAACAUUAAAGAUAUUAAGUUUCUGUGCUGCAGUCCCAGAUCUUGUUUUUCCAUUUGGUUUGAGCGACCUUAUUGGUGUGGUAUAAAGAAUGACAGAAAGAAGUGCAUCGAGAAGUGCACCGAGAAGUGCGGGGGGUUGGCAUUUGAAACACUGUAAUUGUAUAAUUGAAUUGUCUGGAUUCUGGACCACUUAACCUGCUAAUACGUACCUAAUACAUGAAAUUGAAGGGU